CCAAGCUCCGCCUCCUAUUAUACUCACCAUCCAGAUUCACUCUGAAACAAGGAGUACAGUAAGCGAGGUUCACUGGUCUGAGAAGUCGUCCUUGAGAACUGUAAUAUAAGCGGGUGCCCGGGCAACAACAUGAGUCUGCGGACGGAGCGCCGUGGCAUCCACGUGGACCAGUCGGAGCUGCUGUGCAACAAGGGAUGCGGUUACUACGGCAACCUGGCCUGGCAGGGCCUGUGCUCCAAGUGCUGGAGGGAGGAGUACCAGAAGGCUCGGCAGAAGCAGAUCCAGGAGGAUUGGGCCUUCGCUGAGAAGUUGCAGAGGGAGGAGGAAGCUGCCUAUGCCAGCAUCCAGCCUCAGCCCCAACCUCAGCCCCAGCCUCAGCCCCAGCCCCAGCCCUCCCUCACCACCUUCUCCAAGUUCGAAGAGAAGAAGACCAAUGAGAAGACCCGCAAGGUGACCACGGUCAAGAAGUUCUUCAGUCCCUCGUCGCGGACCGCCCCUAAGAAAGACCCCUCUGAGAGAGAGGAGAAGGUUCCGGGGGUGCGGGACUGGAGAGGGAUGUUUACCCCUCCUUGGGAAAUGGGUUCCCCCACUGAAGCACUGGUGGCGAGGCUGAGAGAGAACCAAGAGGGUAAGAAUCCCAGCCCCUCCAUCAGCCGCCAGUCCAGCAUAGAGACGGACCGCGCCACCCGAGACUUUGUGGACUUCCUGAAGUCCCUGCCGAAGCCUGGACGCGAGGUCCACAAGCAGAGUCGAGCCUUCAUCGAGAUCAUGGCCAGCAAGAAGGACCUCGGUGCUGACGAGCUGUCCGAGUGUGUUCAGGACUUCUAUCAAAACCUGUCAGAUCGCCUCAUGACACAUUUCAAAGGCUCGUCAGAGAGCGUGGAGAGAGUGAUGGAUCAGGUGGAGAAGUACAUCAUGACUCGCUUGUACAAGAGCGUCUUCUGCCCGGAAACCACCGACGACGAGAAGAAGGACUUGGCCACUCAGAACAGGAUACGGGCCUUACACUGGGUGACCAUCCAGAUGCUGUGUGUACCCGUCGAUGAAGAGAACCCCGAGGUGUCGGACAACGUGGUGAAAGCCAUAACAGACGUCAUCGAGAUGGACUCGAAGCGGGUGCCGCGCGACAAGCUGGCCUGCAUCACGCGCUGCAGCAAGCACAUCUUCAGCGCCAUCAAGAUCACCAAGGACGAGCCGGCCUCGGCGGACGACUUCCUGCCCACGCUCAUCUACAUCGUGCUGAAGGCCAACCCCCCGCGGCUGCAGUCCAACAUCCAGUACAUCACCCGCUUCUGCAACCCCAGCAGACUGAUGACCGGGGAGGACGGAUACUACUUCACCAACCUGUGCUGCGCCGUAGCCUUCAUAGAGAAGCUGGACGCCCAGUCUCUCAACCUAAGCCCCGAGGACUUUGAGCGCUACAUGUCAGGCCAGGGCUCCCCGCGCCGGAGCGAGUCCGAGGGCGGCCUGUCCCAGGCCACCCCAGCACCAGGCCCUUCCAGCCCCGCCCUGGCCCAGGUCUAUCAGAACCUGGAGCUGCUCUCCAGCCUGGGCAGCCGCCAGGAGCGGGUCAUGGAGGGGGCUCGGAGCCUGCAGAGCGACCUCAUUUCCUGGCAGGAGAGCGUCGAGCGCGAGGUGCAGGAGAUCUUGCAGAAGUACCCGUUGGAGAUCCGCCCGCCCGCUCCCUCAGCCAUCGACUCGGACAACAUGGAGAACGACCGGCUACCGCCGCCGCUUCUGCCCCAGGUGUUCGCUGGGUAAUGUAGUUAAGCCCCUUCUGGAGACAGUUGGUACCUUUGGAGAUGAUGACACCUAUAUUUAUGGAACUGUGGUGAGGCCCAAGGACUAGCUGUCUCCUCUGCAAGUCCCAAGUCACUGCUGUAGCGGGGUUUGCUCGUUU